CAUGUCGAUCUUCACGAUGAAUUUGAACCAAUAAGUCUCCACGGGCAGAAAUUGUCCAUGACUUGUGGUUGUAGAACGUUUCGACGGCGGGGAAACCCCAGUGGCGUGAUCAGAUCAUACCAAAAUUAUACCAAUGCAUGGAGAGUACGAGAUCGAGAAGAAGUAGCUGCAGCACCUGGAACUCGCAUAGUGUAUGCUUCUCAAUCUUUUCGUUGCUGGAAACGAUUUGUAGUUGAUAGGAUUGCUUUGUUGAUACGAUUGAUUUGUUGAUAGGGAAGCUGGAAGCCCUCAAUACCGUUAUAGAUAUAGGACGGGUAAAGAGCGAGGUUGCGCCAUGAAAUUACAUAGGGAUAAGUACGUAGAAGAAGAUUGUGCAUCAGAAUGAAAACCCUGUUGAGCAGGCGAGGACUCAAGUCAUCAUGCUCAGACUGAGACUGUAUAGUGAAUGACUUUUCCAGCACAAAAAGUUUCAAAAAAUGAGAUAGUCGUGCUAGAAGAGUGUAGAGACCAUGAUGAAAACAACCAAGAAACA